UGUUGUUGUUUAUUAUGAAUCGGCUCGGAAAUUGUUAAUUAAAUGCGCGCCACCCGCGCCCGGCAUGUAAUCAAUCGAAUCCAUGGAUAUGGGCGGCCAAAAGAACGCGGGGCGUGGAGAUCGUAGCAGCACCCGCCCCCCUCUGCUGGCGUCGCUGUCGUUGCUUCUGUUCCUUGCGCUGACUUCGACGGCGACAGAGACUGGUGGAACAGGAGGCGGAGGUGGAGAAGCAGCAACAGCGACAGCCGCAGCGGGUCAGGGGCAGAAUCCCGAUGGCCAAGGGCCGGAAAGUGGAAGCGCGGCAACUGCAGCCGCCGGAUGCCCGCGCAAGUGUAGUUGUAGGAACAUCUCGGAGAACAUACACAGCCUGCGUGUGCGCUGCGAUGAGCAGCAGAUAGCCAGCUGGCGGGAGCUGGAAUUUGGCGAGGAUGUCACCGCCAGCAUUGUGGGCAUUAAUGCCAGCAAGAACGCCAUUGCCCAUAUAACCGGCGAGGACUUUAGGAACUUUACGGAACUGAAGCGCUUGGAUCUGUCGUUUAAUCUGCUCACCGAACUGGACAGGGAAACCUUCGGCAACAGCCUGGCUCAUGUGGAGAGGCUGAAGCUGGCGGGGAAUGCCAUCAGCCACAUAUACGAGGGCACCUUCGACCAAAUGCCCAAGCUCAAGCAACUCGAUCUGAGUGGAAAUCCUCUGGCCUGCGACUGCAGCCUGAUUUGGCUGAUUGCCUGGUCAAGUGCCCGGGACGUACGACUGCAGCCGCCGCCGAAAUGCGAUUCGCCUGUGAACUUUCGCGGCAUGCCCCUGAAGAAGCUCCGCGUGGGCAAGGACUUUCAUUGCGAGACUCUGCUCCAGCCGCUCCUAGAGCUGAUACCCAGCCAAAACCAGGUUGCCUUCGAGGGCGAUGAGCUGCAGCUGAAGUGCUAUGCCCCACGGGUGGCCAUCGGAGUGCCCCGGGAGAGUGAGGACUUGCCAACACGGGCCUAUGUCUUUUGGGGCUGGUCCGAGAAGAUUCGGGCCAAGAACUCCACCGAGGAUAUCGUGUAUCAGGAUCCCACGAAGGUGUUCGAGGAUGUCAGCUUAGAGACGCGCCAUUCCACGGACUCUGGCAUCCUGCAGUCAAUUCUACGCAUCGGUAGCCUCACUCAGAAUCACACAGGAAUGUGGGACUGCACAUUGCGCAGCCAGCAGGCGAACCUAUCGCAGGCCAUCGUCCUGCAUGUGGUGGCCAAGGGCACGCUGUACUGCGAGGCGCGUGUAGUGCACACCAACAAAGGCACCUACCACUGGCCACGGACAAUGCGCGGCGAGACGGUGCUGCAGGAAUGCGUGGAGGAGCCCAGCGAUACCACCCAGGCCCGGCGGGCGUCCCACGAAUGCGGGCCGUCGGGGGAGUGGCUCAAUCUGGACACCGAGAGCUGUGUCUAUGUCAGUGAGACGACGCGCAUCCUGGAGCAGUUCGCCAAAGUGAAUCUCACGCUGACAAAGGGCCAGAAUGCCCUGGAAAUUGCCCGACGCUUGCACAACUUCACACAGGCGCAGACGCAGCUGAAUCGCAUACGGGAUCCAAUGGACCUGGAGUACAUUGCUCGCACGCUUGUCAAGUACCUGGAUCAGCUGGAGCAGCCGCAGCAGCAGCAGGAGAUCAGCCACCUGCUGAUGGACAUAGUUUCGCAGCUGCUCAAUCUUCCAUCUCACCUCUUUCGCGCCGCCCAAUCGGAGCAGGGUACGGGACAGCGUCUGCUCCAUGUGGUAGAAUCCUCCGCCAUGCGCCUGGCCCUGGCCAGCACCCAGGCUGAGCUGCUGCCAGCGGAGAUGAUCCCCUGGCGGGGGUCACUUGCCCAACAGCGCAAUCUCUUCGUGGAGUUCUUCAACAUCAGUGUGGAGGCCUUCGUCAGCCUGUCCUGCGUCUGGCUGGAGCAGAGUCCGCGUGGCUUUCAGUGCAACAGCGCCAACGAUACGAUACCCAUGUACGAACAUGGUGACAUAGAUGCCGCCAUCCAACUGCCCUACAGCGUCAUCGGAAACAGCUCUCUGAGUCCAGCCGCAUCGCGAAGCCUUCGCCUGCUCAUCUCACUACACAGGAAUGGAAAACUUCUGCCCAACCUGAGGGGCAGCCACAAUGAGUCCCUGUCCUCGGCCAUCAUCGGUGUGCUGGCCUACAGCAGCGAAGGAGAACCACUGCACUUUCAAUCUGCUGGCGAACUGGAUCCCGAUGAGGAUGUGUACCAGCAGCGGGUCACAGUGAUGCUGCGCGCACAUCCGUAUCACAAUCAGCUAAGUGCACCGCAGCCGGCGUGGUGGGAUGCAGAGGAGCAGCGCUGGGAGACGGGCGUCUGCCAGCAGCACUACCAGCACCGCACACUCGUCAUGUUCAGCUGUAGCCGGACGGGCUACUUUGGCCUGCUGCAGCGGAGUCGCUAUCUCAACGAUUUUCGAAGCGAGGAGGCAGGAGCCAGAUUCCGUCAUCCCCCGGCGGCGGUCUAUGCCGGCUGUGGCCUUCUCUUCGCAUGCUGCGCCUUCAAUGCGGUUACCUUUGCUGUCUUUGGCCGAGCCGUAAGGAUUAAUAGAGUGCAGCGGCAUGCACUGGUCAACACCUGGCUGGCACUGGGAUCCCUGGCACUUGCCUUCUCGCUGGGCAUCUACCAGACGGCCAGCCAACCGCAGUGCCGCCUGCUAGGCCUGCUGAUGCAUUACCUUGGCCUGUGCGUCCUGCUCUGGGUGUGCGUUAGCCUGAGUAGCAUGUACAAGCGGCUGACCAAGACGACGACAACAUCGGGCCAGGUACAGGGCCAGGAAAUGGAGCCGCAGCGGGAGAGAGAGCGCAAGCCCAUCCUUGGAAUUUACCUGGUCGGCUGGGGCAUUGCCUUCCUCAUUUGCGGCAUCAGUAGCGCCGUGAACCUGGCGGAGUAUGCUGCCUACGACUUCUGCUUCCUGCACAGUGCCACUACGCUGAACGCCCUCCUCGUGCCCGCCGUCAUCCUUGUGAUAUUCUGCGGCAUCCUGGCGUUGUGCAUCUAUUACCAGUUGAGCCAGCAGGCAGUGAAUGUCCUCCAGCUGCAGAUGCAGCAGCACCAGCAGCACCAUCAUCGGCAGUACUCGGACAACAAUACUCAGGCCACGGAGCACAUCGAUCUGGAUUGGUUGGAUGCGAAUGGUAGUGCCACCACGGCGGCCAUUGGUCAACCCGGCGGUGGACGCAAGGAGCACGAUCACAUGCAAGAGCAGUACAGCACGCUGAGCAAUCCCCUGAGCAGUAUAGUCGAUGACUUUGAGCGCUCGAAUCUCUCCCAUUUGCGCGGUCACUUCAUCUUCCUGGUGUUGUACGCCGGCGCCUGGCUUUCAGGAGCUGGCUACGUUAGCGGUGGCCAGGAUCUGUACGUGAUCUCCUUUGCCGGUUGCUGCUCCUUCCUGGGUAUCUUUCUGCUAAUCUUCUACAAUCUCAGUCGGAAUGAUGCCCGGCAGGCCUGGUCGCAGGGCAGAGACGGAAGGAGUAGCGGCAACUGCAGACCCAUGAAACUGGUGACCUACAACAAUGGCAGCCAGGCGAGGAGCACGCAUCCAUCAGCUGGGAUGCCUGGACCUGGCACCGCCAUGAUCAGCAACUCGAUAGUGGCCUACAAGGCGAAUCCCGGACCCGGCAGCCUUUACGACGCAAACAACUCGGCGGGUUCGCGCUCGAACAGUCAGUGCUCGCGGAGCAUGCGCAGCCAGACGCGCAGUCAGACGAGGAGCCAGCAGGAACAGCUGCUGCAGGCCAACGGUGCGGGCGGCAUGACCAUCAUCAACAACACCAAUGCCAACGGUGGCCAGCAGGGAACGCAGGUUGGAGUUGCAGGAGCUGCUGCUGCAACAGCAUCCGGUGGCGGAGUUUCCGGCUCGGGUAGCGUUGUGCCGCCGCACAGCCUGAACGCACUGCUCCAUGGCUCUAACCACGACCUAAUACCCUCGGCGGAGAUCUUCUACAAUCCCAACCAGAUCAAUGUGGCUCGAAAGUUCUUCAAGAAACAGAAGCGCCUGGCCAAGCGGAACAACUUUGAGCUGCAGCGCCAGACAAUGCCGCAGAUGCAGCUCCAGAUGCAGAUGCAAAUGCAGCUCCACAGUCAGCACAGUUUGAGUGACGCCAGCUCGGAGCAGCUGUACAGCAGGCACCACAAUGCCAUGACCCUGCUGGCUGGUGGGAGCAAGGUAAACAACACUAAUCUCCACUACAAGAACCAUGGAUCUCCAAUGGCAAUGGCGCCCAAAGAGAGCGGCGUCGGCGGAGAGUCGUUGCAAUUCAAGCGUUUCGUGCCUGCCAGUGCCUCGGCGGCUACGAAGAUUAUGCAGGCGAACAUAUAUACCAAUAUCCCAGAGACUCUGACGCCGCAGCACGAGGUGAUCAAACUGAGAGCGAAUGGACGCACUAGGACACCUUCGCUGCUCGAUGAAACGCUGCAUGAGCAGGACGACGAUGACGAGGAGGAACAGGAGGAGCAGGAACAAGCGGCAGCUGCAGCAGCAGCAGCAACUACCGAGGAGCCAGAGCACGAAAUGGAGGAGGAGGAUGCUAGCUCUCUGGACGAGCACGCUCCACUGUAUGCCAACACCUUGCCACCGGCCAGCGGAAUGAGCAGCCUGUUCCGCAACCGAGGGUCAUCGUCAACCCAUCAGCAACAGCACCAACCCAACAGUUCCACGCCUGUAAAGCAGCCCAGCCUGGAGGCCAUGAACAGCCUGGGUUUGCCGGAAAUUAGCCUCGAAGAGCCGCUGCUCCAAGUACAUGAGAUAUACGUGUCCAACUCGUUACAGGUGACCACCAACAACAGUAUCGAGCUGGACGAUGACUUUCCCAGUGUCCUAAUCCGUUUCAGCCAGCAGCAGCAAUCGAAAUCUCUGAACAACAUCAGUGAAAUGCUUGCAGGCGGCGCUGGCAGCGGAGAAGCUAGUGGCAAGUCGCCGGGACUGGACAACACGGGCGUUCAGGAGGAGCCCAGUCAGCUGUCGGGCCACGAGGCCAGCACGCUGGAGGAGCAGCAACUGCGGCAGGCGUACUCAUGCUCCAGCAAUAAUCUCAGCCAAUUGAAGGCGGCGGCGCAUCAUCCAUUGGCAAUGGUGGAAACUGAAACGGAGGAUGACGGUCGGCUCCUGUCCGGCAGUCCCACAAACGAGAGCGAUCUGAACUACCAGAACUCGGAGAUUAGCAUACGCAGCCACGGCCUGUAUGCUCCCCAGGCGGAUAACGAUCUUAAUUUAACCCUGACCGAUGAUUUUCGUUGCUACCAAUCCUCGAAUGCCAGUGAUGCUGAUGUGGAUGUGCUUAACGAGUUUGAUGACGAGUUUGUGGCCGCCACGAGUGGCGACAGGGUCACAGGGGAUCCGGAGCAGGACCAUCAUGACCACGACCAGGACACCUCCAUCGAUGAGCUGUACGAGGCCAUCAAGUGCCGCAGUCCGCUGAGGAGUAAGCAGGAUCAGGUCGCCGAGCGCUUCGAAAGGGAAAGAGAAAGAGAGCGAGAGCGAGAAAGAGAACGAGAGCGCGAAAGGGAACGGGAGAGGGAGAGAGACAGGGAGAAGGAAGCCAAGCCGCUGAGCAACUCUCACAACGAAAAUCUCAACGAGACCAUCGAGGACGAUAGCAGCCAGAGCAGCGUGAUCUCUUACAUUGAUCCCAGGGCCGCCAACGAGGCCCAACGUCCCUUUCCCAGCUAGCUUAUCCGCCGGCAACCGAUCGAUACCCUAUUUAGAUGUAUAUAGAAGAUAUACAGCAGCAGCAGCAGCAGCUUGGCCCACACCCAAAGUAUUCCCUUACCCACCAACCACAGACACUCACCGAUAUAUACAUAUAUUUUAUAUAUAUUCGGAGUGCACACUUGUCCUAAGUUCACCCACUCAGAGGUCCCAGAUAAACUGAACUUGUAAUUAUAGUAAGACCCCCUCUAUUUAUUAUGACUAGUAUUAUCCCAUUGAGAGCUCGCUGAAGUCGUCAAAGGAUAUUCAUCGCCACAGACGAACGGAGGAGAGAGAGAGCUGGUCACUAGGCUAGAAUCGUUUCCCCAUUUCAUCACAACGCAUAAGCAUAAAGCAUAGGAACAACUCCACAUCCCACCCAACAAAUCCCUACUAUGAUCCACACAUUUGGAUAAGUUUUAAUUUUCGGUAAAGCAAAAUGCAUUUAAAUGUAGGCUAAGUUUAUAUUUAGAUAUAA